AUGGCCCCUCUGAUUCCUCAGACCCCUCACAAGGAUGACCUGGAAGAAACAUGGGCGUUUCUGGAGAAUGGCAUCAACAAUGUUAUGGUAAAGCUGGAGGAGGGUGUGGAUAUGAAAACCUACAUGGCCCUCUAUACAGCGGUUCACAAUUUUUGCACCUCACACAAAGCCGUCAGCGGUCAAGCUAUACAAUCACAGCGUGGUGCGCAUUUGCUCGGAGAGGAGCUCUAUAGAAAACUUGGGGAAUACUUGGCUGGCCACCUUGAUUCUGUUUACCAAGAAUCGACAGGCCACGCCGACGAGGCCUUACUCGCAUUCUAUAUCCGUGAAUGGGAGCGAUAUACCAACGCUGCCAAAUACAUCAACCACCUUUUCAGAUACCUCAACCGUCACUGGGUGAAGCGAGAAAUUGACGAAGGGAAGAAAAAUGUCUACGAUGUAUACACACAGCACCUAGUCAAGUGGAAGGAGGACUUUUUCGUCAAGGUGCACGACAAGGUCAUGGGCGCGGUUCUUAAGCUUGUCGAGAAGCAGCGGAAUGGGGAAACCAUCGAACAGUCCCAAAUUAAGAGUAUUGUCGAUUCAUUUGUUUCUCUUGGACUCGACGAAACAGACCCCACAAAGUCUACACUGGAAAUUUACCGCUUCUAUUUCCAGAAGCCUUUCCUUGGUGCAACUAGAGUCUACUACGAAGAUGAGUCCCGCCAGUUCGUUGCAGAGAACAGCGUUGUUGAGUAUAUGAAAAAGGCAGAAGUCCGUCUCGACGAAGAGAAGGCACGUGUCGGGCUCUAUUUGCACAAUGAUAUUGCUAAAGAACUAACCGAAACCUGCUUGGAUGUGCUUGUUACUGCACACUCUGAGCUCCUGCGCGAUGAGUUCCAACCGCUACUCGACAAUGAACGUCAAGAAGACCUUGCCCGGAUGUACCGGCUUUUGUCGCGAAUCAAAGAUGGGCUGGACCCUCUCCGCACAAAGUUCGAAGCGCACGUGAGAAAAGCUGGUCUAUCUGCCGUCGAGAAGGUAGCCGCUGAAGGUGAAUCCUUCGAGCCUAAGAUGUACGUCGAUGCAUUGCUAUCUGUGCACACCAGAUACGACAGUCUCGUGAAGGAAGCUUUCAAUGGCGAGUCCGAGUUUGUUCGCUCUCUCGACAAUGCAUGCCGCGAAUUCGUGAAUCGUAACAAGAUCUGUAAGUCUGGGUCUACCAAAACACCCGAGUUACUGGCGCGGUACACGGAUUCUCUAUUGAAGAAGGGGUCAAAGGCUGCGGAGGAGUCGGAGCUGGAGGAGAUGUUGGUCCAGAUCAUGACCGUUUUCAAGUACAUUGAAGACAAGGAUGUCUUCCAGAAAUUCUACUCUAAGAUGCUUGCUAAGCGGCUGGUCCACGUGAGCUCAGUAUCUGACGAUGCUGAGACAAGCAUGAUUAGCAAACUUAAGGAGGCUUGUGGUUUUGAAUACACCAACAAGUUGCAGCGAAUGUUCCAGGACAUCCAGAUCUCUAAGGAUCUGAACUCCAGCUACAAAGAUUGGCUAGAUAAAUCUUUCUUAGACGACGAUGACCGGAAGAAGCUUGUGGACUCACAUUUCCAGAUUCUCGGAACUGGAUUCUGGCCCCUCAACGCGCCAUCAACCGAUUUCCUUGCGCCUCCUGAAAUUGUCAAGACUUCUGAGCGGUUCCAAAAGUUCUAUUUCGAUAAACAUAACGGUCGAAAGCUGACCUGGCUCUGGCAGUUGUGCAAGGGCGAAAUCAAGGCUAAUUAUAUCAAGAAUACCAAGGUUCCAUACACAUUCCAAGUAUCGACUUUCCAGAUGGGUAUUCUUCUGCUCUUCAACGAGAGCGACUCCCUGACAUACGAAGAUAUCCAAAAGGCUACUUCUCUCACGCCUGAGAUGCUUGAUCCGAAUCUGAGUAUCUUCUUGAAGGCCAAGGUCCUCACCAUCGGCCCAGAGGGAUCUAAGCCCGGCCCGGGCACGACCUUCUCCCUCAAUUACAACUUCAAGAACAAGAAGAUCAAGGUCAACCUCAACAUUCAAAUCAAGUCCGAGCAGAAGGUCGAGACGGAUGACACGCACAAGACGAUUGAAGAAGACCGCAAGCUUCUGCUUCAGUCCGCCAUUGUCAGAAUCAUGAAGUCCCGGAAGAAGAUGAAGCAUGUGCAACUUGUGCAAGAAGUGAUUCAUCAAGUCAAGUCACGUUUCCCACCACAAGUACCUGACAUCAAGAAAAACAUCGAAGCCCUGAUGGAGAAGGAUUACAUCGAGCGUCUGGACGGCGAUGAAAUUUCUUACAUUGCAUGA